AUGGCAACGAACAACAACGCGAGCAGAGAAGAGAGAAGAAGAAGAAUUGUAGAGAGAGAAUCGGAUCCAUCACCGGCCGAAUCCAAUCUCUCCCGCCUCCCUCACCGCCACCAUCGCCUUCAUUACCACCACAUGAUCGCGCUCUGCACCCACAUCGCAUCAAUGGUAUCUUACAAAUCUGAUCUAGAGGUUGAUUUCAUAAGGACUGCCUUAGACUCAAUUCCAAUCCAGUCUGGUACUGAGGGUAAAGAUGGCACCCCUGCAGAUUCUACGUUGCUGAAAGUACAUGGAGCUAGCAAUGAAGACGUUUCAAGGCAAAACAAUGCAGAGACUGGAAGCCAAGAUGGACCUUCAUCUUGUCAAUGUGACAUAACUACAAACACUUUGCAACCUCAUGGUGUUGAUGGCACCACCCAAGUUCAACCACAAUUGGGCACAUCAAUAGUUCGAAAGGCACCGCCAACCGAUACAGAACUUGCAAUCACACAUAGGAGGGCAAGGUUUUUCACUUCGAAACGAUUAAACUCGUGCAUUGUAGAAUCGGAGAGCAUGCGCAUUUUCUGUGCUCUCAUAAUAGCAUUCUUGGUAGUGUUGUCUUAUGUUGAUUAUGCGUUGUUUGGAGUGAACUUGGUGAAGUCGGAGAGCGUUGUGGCCUCAAGGCCUCUGUACAUUAUACUGCUAACUGACGUAACAAUUGUUCUGGCACGAAUGAUUCUCGUGAGACGAGAGGAUGUAGAGGAAGAAAGAGUUGUAGUCCCUCAAGAUGGACAUAAUUGGGUUGAGGCAGUCAAGCUCUUGGAGAGGGGUUUGGUGGUUUACCAAGCCAUUCGUGGGGUUUUCAUAGAUUUUAGUGUUUAUGUUGUAGUUGUUAUAUGUGGGCUUUCUUUGGUGUAG